CGACCGCCACAUCUAUAGCACAUUUGUGUUUGUCAUUUAAAAACGUUAAAAUCGUUGUGUAAAUAACACCUGAUAUCUUCAAGUUUAACAUGACUCAUGGUCAAAGGUUAAAGCCGAAAUGAAACUAAGCAAAACUAAUUACGAGAUCUAAUACGUAUCAAAAUAAAAAUCUGAGAUUAAAGUGUUAUUGUUGUAGAUUAUAGUGCGGGUGGAGUGAUGAAUAUAGAUUAUUUAUUCAUAAUUUUCUUCUAUGAAUUGCACACUGGAUUAGUUAAGACGACUUUAGUAUGAGUCGAAUUUUGCAAACCUCGAAUGUUUUAAAAGUUAUGAAGAUAAAUUUGUUUGGUGGCCUAUAAGCCACCCCGGCAGAGCAUUAUUACAAUAGCACUGGCUACUAAUACAACAUUACUGAUUGCUAUUCUUUGGCUUUAUCCUAUUCUGUAAUACAGAGCCACUACAAUCAUCGCUUAUUAAACCCAAUUACGGACUAUGUUGGAAAAUUUGAUAAAGAUCUCAUGAUAGAUGGAUAAACAACUUUCAACAUCGUCAAGAUGGUUUCAGAUCUAAGAAAAACGUUAGCGAAGUUUAAGAAUGUUAUGGAUAUCUGAAAAAAUCUGAUGGAUAUAAAUUAGAAAUACUACGUGAGAUAGUAAAUUCAGUCAAUCAAAAAACAAUAAGCUUAUCUCUAGAUCAAUAAGGAAAGUGCUAAGAAACUGGACCAUGGAAGUAAACGAGGAUCGAGUUACGGUAAUAGCGGCUCGUCAAGCAACCCGUGUAUUUAAAAAAUCUAGCGCUAAUGGUAAAAUCACAGUGUAUCUUGGCAAACGCGAUUUUGUUGACCAUAUAAGUCAUGUUGAUCCUAUCGAUGGUGUAGUAUUGAUCGAUCCAGAUUACGUGAAAGAACGCAAAGUUUUUGGUCAUGUACUCGCUGCCUUCAAAUACGGCCGCGAGGACCUGGAUGUACUUGGUCUUACUUUUCGGAAGGAUUUAUAUUUAGCAGCCAAACAAAUCUAUCCAGUGCAACAGCAAUAUGGUGGUGGCGCGCAAGGAAGUCAUGAACUAACUCGAUUGCAAGAGCGCUUGAUUAAAAAACUCGGCGACAAUGCCUAUCCUUUUUAUUUUGAAUUGCCUCCUCACUGUCCAGCAUCAGUCACACUGCAACCAGCCCCAGGUGACACAGGCAAGCCUUGUGGUGUUGAUUACGAACUUAAGGCUUUCGUCGGGGAAAACCAAGAUGACAAACCUCAUAAGCGUAACAGUGUUCGUCUAGCUAUUCGUAAAAUUAUGUAUGCGCCAUCCAAGCAGGGUGAGCAGCCUUCUACUGAGGUUAGCAAAGACUUUAUGAUGUCGCCAAGUAAGCUGCACCUUGAAGCUUCUCUUGACAAAGAGCUGUACCAUCAUGGUGAAAAUAUAGCUGUUAAUGUACACAUUGCUAACAAUAGUAAUCGUAGCGUUAAAAAAAUCAAGGUUUCAGUACGGCAAUUUGCUGAUAUUUGCCUAUUUUCCACCGCUCAGUAUAAAUGCACCGUUGCUGAAAUCGAAAGCGAUGUGGCAGAUCCAUCUCAGCGGGAAAAUCUUGGUAUCAUUGUGCAAUACAAAGUCAAGGUGAAACUAUGCUUAGGUGCGCUAGCGGGAGAAUUAGUAGCGGAACUGCCAUUUAUAUUAAUGCACCCAAAACCUGAAGAAGAGGAACCUAUCCAAACAAAUUGUCGACCAAGUCCAUCGCAGAAAAUCGAGGAUGGAGAUGAUGCUAAUCUGAUUCAGUUGGAUGAAGAAGCUGAUGACAUUAUAUUUGAAGAUUUUGCCCGUCUAAGGCUGAAAGGGGAAACGGACGCUUAACCGUCUUCUUUAUUUGGAAGAUAAUUAGCCGAUCACGCAGAACAACGAGACUUACGCUUUUUAGCAUGAGGCUUUUUGAUUUGAAUUUAUCGUAACUCUGGAUACAUUACCGCCGACUUAGCCGCUUCUGUAGCCAUUAGUAGUAUCACCAAUUUUCUUACGGAUAUUUUGCACUACAGAAGGGCCUCGCGAUGAAAACGCAUUUCGAUAUAAAAGGACAGUUUAUUGUUCUUUAUCUACGUUUCUACUACGUUAUUCUACUCAAUUUCUUAAACUUAUAAUCAAGUCAAAGUACUACCAAAGCAGCAUUUUUGUGCGUGCGAUUUGUUUAUUCUACUGGCAAAGCGAUUCAUAAAAAUUAUUUUCUAUGGAAUAUUAUGAAGUAACUAGUUUUCGGAGUAAUGAUUGCCUGUAUUUUUUCUUUCCGUAUAAGUAUCUACGGAUAAUAUAUUAUUAUCUAAGCAUUUUUCUUUACUUUAUACUCUUUUGUUGUUGCAAAUUACCUAAGUAAUUUUUUUUCUUAAUGAAUUACUGAUACUAUUAUUAGCGAUCGUGAUGAAAACAAUGAAAGUGAAUUUUAAGCACAAAUAAAUUUAUAUCAUACUAUCAUGAACUCAUAGUAUGAUAGUUUUAAUAAUUUUGACGUGAGUGAAUUGAUGAUUUACGAAAACUGAUGUGCUGAUAUCACUGAAACAUUUGAACUACAUUUCUGGAUUUGAAAAAAAGUUCAUUAUUAUUAACCUUUAAAGAACGCAGGUUUCUCGUUUCAACAUGAUUUCUUGUUUUCAUCAAAACCUAUGUCUAAAAACGUGGGAUUAUUAAUUUAGAUACCCUAAGUGGCAGGCAGUCCAUAUAUGGAUUAUCCCUGUCUGAAACUCUACAGACAAUAUAAAAUUUUUGUUCCAUGUUUUAAGUAUAAAAUCGGAAUUUUUAUAGGUAUUUUAAAUCAAUUUAUUAUUGUUCAUGAAUGUUGAAAUUAUUAUUUUUAAAUUUACAAAAAAAUUAAAACAAAAGCUAGUUUUACAACUGCUUUUAUUUGAUCUGGAAAUCAAAUCAAGUUCCUAGGAAUUUUUUCAUUACUGUUUUCUUUUAUAACACGUCAAAUUUAAUUUAAAAACAAUAGUUUGUGUUAUCAGAGUGGUCAGUAUAUAGACUAUCCCGUUCUUUAAAGGUUAAGUAAAAUUUAAUACACUGUCUAUAUUAUUUUUUAAUGUAAAAUCAACAAAACUGCUUAUCUUGAAAGAUUAUUAUCAUUAUUUCAACAAUAAGCUGGAACAGAUAAUUUGUCUUCAAUAAAAUAUCUAUUUUCAUUCAAUAAAUCAACAGCGGAUAUUUUUUUUUUAUUUGAAACGUAUUUGUUCAUCUUUCUGAUCGAUUAUCUAGUACUAUAAUAUAUAAUAUAAAUAGUCAAUUGUCUUAAAACUAGUAUAAUAAAGAAAACUUUACUUUUUUGUUAUAUUGAUAAAAUCGCAGGAACAAUUAUUGACUGAAAAAAUAUAUUUACACAUACACACACACACACACACACACAUACACACAUGUAUAUAUAAAAGCUAAAGUAUAAUAUAACAUACAAACGAAAUAUGAUAAUGUUACGAAUAUUGGUUUACAACCAAAACAAAAAGGUCCAUUUAUAUUUAUAAUAAGGCUUUAUGCGUUGAUUAAAUAAACAUGUAUGUAAUUAUAAAAUUUUCACAAAACAGACAAUAUGUAACUAUUAUAUUACAAAAUCUACUCUUCAAAAGUUUAAAAAUUGCUAUAAACUCUGAAGGACAAGUUGUUAUUCCGUGCGAGUUCGCAUAAGGGCACCCGAGCACGAGCGCGCGUUGACAGUACCAGCCAGCUAUCGAGUCGGCACCGACUAGCUUGCGUGCAAAAAGGAGAGAGAGGGCAAGAAUCGAUAUUUUUUGUCGAUGCUUCAUCCAUGGACACCUGUACUCGGCAUAAAUAUUGCGAUCACUAAACCACCAUUAAAUAGUAACUAACUAGCCACUCAGCUACUGAAUCCUAAAAAAACAUUCAAGUACACCAGGUAGAGAAACAUAACACAAAGCAUUGAGCUUUGACAGACAUCCUGAGUUGAGCAAUUUCCUCGACCAACAAACGAGCCGAAUCGAAAUACUCUUCACGAAAAAUUUUGCCGGAAAUCAAGUAAGCUGGAUAGCUUCGCGUGCGUGAUCGAUUCGGUUAAUGGUUGUUGACACAACAUCGCAGUGUGACAUAAUUUAUCCAGG